CGAUAUCAAAGCCCGUGCUGUGUGUCGUAUGUCAACAGGGAAAAAUGCUCGGUUUGAUGCAGCUCGUGCUGAACUGUCUUCGUCACACACGAAAAUUAAAUGGUCUGAACUGUAUACUGCUCGUGUGGAUUUCUUUUUCUCCAUGCGCGUGUACAAGCGAAUUCCCUGUGCUCCUCACUCUCGACGGCAUAAGCAAUCAUAAUGGCUCCACCGUUGUAAUUACAUUUCUCCGAUAGCAUGGUGUAAUCUAUAUUCACCUGAUUUAAUUGUAUAUACAACCCCUAUUGUGUGCAAUAUUAUAAAAGAAGUCGAUUUUUGUAGGUCAAAUCCAUACCGCUUCUUCUCGUACAUAACGUCGGCGCGCAUCUUCAUCCCAAGAGGAAUCCACAUGAUGUCAACAUCCAUUCUUCAUUAUUGAUUUGCUCAUGUCAUGCAUUGUUGAAAUAUUUUAGUCCAUGAAAUCAACGAUAAACCUGGUGAAAUAUACAUGCAACGACGCCUUGGGUAGGCCUCCGUUACAUUCCACCGCGCCUAUUUGGAGACCGUGGAGUGAAUACAAUUUUGAACGAUUUGUAUGAUACGUUGUCGAAAUCGUCGAUGAACCUGACAUUAUAUCUGGUCAAGCAUCAAUCAACGAAUUAUUAACAGUUCACCCAUUGCCUCCAUCACUAAGAGACGACAUCGAAAGUGGUGUUCUGUUUUGUCGGUGACCAAAGAAUACAGAGUAGACAGAUGAAGAUGAUGAAGUUGGAUAUUCACGAAGCAGCUUUUACUGGGGACACACGAAAUACAACCGCAGCUUUGGAUCAGGGUCAGGACCCAAAGGAAAAGGAUCGAACGGGUACCACUGCUUUACACAAGGCAGCAGCGAACGGACAUGUUGAGAUUAUAGAACUUCUUGUCGCUAGAGGGGGUGAUAUCAAUCAAGCAGAUAUUACUGGAUCGACAUCGCUCCACGCUGCAGCGAGAAAUGGGCAUAUGAAAGCCGUAAAAUGGUUGGUUAACAACGGAUCUGACAUCAGAGCUAAGACUCGGAAAGGAAACACAGCUGAGGAUGUAGCAAAGACUCACAGUCAAUUUGAAGUAUCUUCUUUCUUACGAGAAUGCGGAAGAGAAAAAUUUGACUGGGAGAUCGACAGUGGGAACUUCGGCGGAAGGACAUGAUGAAUUGACACUCUCUCUUCGGCCCAGGUCUGCAGGUCCAUGUUCUAUAACAGCUUUUACCAAAUUUUGUCGAAUGUUUUUGUACAGCACUAUUGAAGUGAUGUUGUAAGACCCAUCCCCUAAAAAAGCGGGGAAAUAAGGGGCUAUGACAUUUAAUCCAGUGCACGCUAAAUUGCAAAUAUACAAAAUAACCCAUCUGUGGUGAAACCUUUAAUGAAUUGCACUUUUGUUCUCAUCAUGUAAUAUCUUCUACCAACACUACCGAUCUUUUAUGAUUUAUCUUUAAAUUGACAAUUAUUUAAAUUCAAAUCUUUAAGAUUUAAAUUUAACCCCCGAGUUCAAUUGUUCACUAUCCACAUGGCCAAUUGUGAUUCAUUUUAAAUCACUUUGAUUAGAGAGUGCACAGUUUCCCAUUUUUCUUGAAUGCUACCAAGCAAUAAUUGAUGCAAAUAGCAAUUAAAACUUUUAGUUAAUUGAUUGAAUGGUUUAAUUAUUGCUACAUUCUUAUAAGAAAACAAUGCGCAAGCAAAAUGGCAGAGUAUAUAACAAUCUGCCACAGAUUGAAAUAAAUUAGAUUCAAAUUAUUAUUGAAAUCAUGAUGUUGAAAUA